AUGAGAGAUUUACAAGCAUCUGAUCUGCAUCGUUUCCUGCCUGCGUUUGAUCAACAACUGCCGAUCAUCGUCCGAGAAGCUUCAAGUUCCAGCGGUGAAGCGAGGACAGAGAACGAACGAAACAUUACUGGCGCAGCACGACAGGAUCGGCAAGCCCCACAACGAGCAACGAGCAGCGAGCCAGAGGCCAUGGCGGUGAGACGCCUGGAGAUGGAGCUAGAAAAGGUGCGCCUACAGCUAGAGUGCGAGCGCAUUGCUCUACGGAGAGUGGAGCUUGAGCAGUCGGGCAGGCCGCCUUCGGUGUCGGAAGGAAGUGAUCUCCGCCGUGCCAGCACGGAUGGAAUAUCACAAUGUGCUAAAGUGCUUAAGGCAUACCGGUUGCCGUGUGACGCUGACGUUCCGAUAUGGUUUGAUGAGGUUGAAAAGUUGUUUUUAUCUUUUCAAGUACCGGAACACAGCCGUGUACAUUUGAUCAUGCCUGCGCUGGCCGAGCGGGUCCGUUAUCUGUUGCGUGGCCUCAAUGACGAGGAAUGUACAGAUUACGAGACUGUAAAGAAGGCAGUAUUAGAUGAACUUAAGCUUACGCCAGCUAAAUACUUGGAGAGGUUUGAAAAGGCAUCUAAACGAAAGGAGGAAACUUUUGCUCAGUUCGCGUCCCGCGCUAGAACCUAUUUGGCAUAUUACCUUCAGUCUCGCAAUGCAAACACAAAAGAAGCUAUGACGGAGCUUAUGGUCGCUGACCGUAUGAAAGCCAGUCUAAGCUCAGAAGCCCUUGAAUAUGUUCUUUUGCGGGAGGGCGAGGAUUGGUUUAAGCCAGUGGAGGUGGCGAAAGUGCUCGAGACUUUCGAGCAAGCUAAAGGGAGAGGACGAGCAACUAAGCCAGCCGCAACAGCCUCAUUGCCGCAGCACGCAAAACUAGCUGGCCCGCAGAGGACAAAUUUAAAAUGCCACGUGUGUCAUAUACAGGGUCACCUAGCCAGAGACUGCCCAAAGGCUUCCGAUAAAGAACCGCAGGGGAAGGCGCCGACUGUGCCAAAACAAAGGGUACAGAAGGUUGCUGUUGUAAGUGAAGAACCUCCACCAGAGCAAGAAAGGGUGCUAAGCGCUAGAGUACAAAUCUUAGCUCAAUAUGCUAGUUCAGGGAGGUCAAAGCUGGACCUUAUCCCUAUCAUGUGCGGGGGUAUAGCAACAGAAGCUGUGUUGGACACAGGUAGUGAGAUAACGGUCGUCCGUAAAAGUAUGUUGCCCGUCGUUUUACAGGAGUCAUCAGGAACAGUAAGACUCGAGUCGGCAUUCGGAAACAGCGUUCGAGCUAACCUAGCUACGCUGCCCGUAGGCAUGCAUCGCCCGGGGGCUUCGAUACAACCGCAGAGGAUCGAUCUGGUGUGCGCGGUUACAGACGAACUUGCAAAGGGGGUUGACUGCCUGCUGUCAAAGGAAGAUUGGGAACUACUACAGGCGCAGGAAAAAGAGGAGUUUGGACGAGAAAAUAUUCUGCGGUUGGCUCUGGAACUCAUGCACCAGACCCUGAGAAGAUAG